ACCGCGUGGAGAGGAGAGGACAGGACAGUCUGCACACAAACUCUGUUCAUCUUUGUCAAGGACGAUCCAUUUAAACGGAUGAGCUCAGACAAGUCGGCUGGCUGUUUCCACUCGCCGCGGUUUGCGCCGGAGCUUUUCAUUGGCUGAUUGUAUUAUUGUAUGCAAAUCCGGUCGGGGUUGCAGCCAGUAGGUGAAGGGCUCGCGCUGGUGUGGCUCUCGAGACCCGGAGCGCGAGGUGAAGCCGCUUUCCGCGGAGCUGUCCACUCCACGGGUGCUGAAACGAGGAUUUCACGUCAACCGAUCAGUUGGAGGGAAUGCACAAACUCCGAGGACGCUGUACAGCUUAACCAAAACGGGAUUGGAUUUACUUCGCGCCAGUUAACAGUGUUGUUCCAAAAGUCAUUCUCGUAUUUUAAAAAACCCACUCGGAAAUACCUUUCUGGAUGAGUUGUAGUUGGACAAACAGGAGGGUAAUGAGAGGCUCCAGGAGAUGGUGGGCAGCUGUCCUGCUCUGGGGGGCGGCGCUGAUUGCAGAGGCACGUCCCGGGAAAGAGGGAUUUACCCCGAUGGCGUAUCGACCUCUCGUCAGAUUCCGUCACAAGCAGGAUGGGAUCUCAGAGAGCUUACGCAUUAAAGGGUUCUUUGGUCAGAAUGGUUUUCCUGGGCCCUGUGAACAUAAGUACUGUGGUUUGGGAAAGCACUGUGUGGUUGAUCGAGAAACAGGUGAAGGAGAAUGUCAGUGUCUGGAGCGCUGCAAACCACAUUACAAACCUGUGUGCGGAUCUGACGGCAAACUCUACCAGAACCACUGUGAGCUUCACAGAGCCUCCUGUAUGGCCCAUCAGAGAAUAACCAUCAUGCACAGCGAGGAAUGCUUCUACAAAGAUGAUAACUGUCGUCUGGGAGAUUAUAAAAAAUUGAAGACCAAGAUGUUGGACUUACACGCUCAGAGGUACUUGACCCCUGGUAACCAUGGCAGCCACGAGAACGAUAUGGCAACUAGGAAGCAUCUGGUGGACAUGAUGUUCAAGCGCUUUGACGCUGAUGGCAAUGGAAGAGUUGACAGCAGUGAGCUCUCACAGGUCAUCAAGCAGGAAGGUCUCAGCAGGACGGCAUCAGAGUGCACUCUGUUUGAUCUGUUCAAAUAUAACGACGUCAACGAUGACGAACACCUAACCAGAGAGGAGUUCUACGCAGCCUUUGAGGUUUAUCAGCUCAGCCUUCCCGAAGACCAGAAGCUGAGCGUCACCACGGUAACGGUGGGUCAGAGUGCCGUGCUCACGUGUGCAGUCACGGGAGACCAGAGGCCGCCAAUCAUCUGGAGACGCAACAACCAUGCCCUCAACAUGCUGGAACUGGAGGACAUUAACGAUUUCGGAGAUGAUGGAUCACUGUACAUUACCAAGGUGACCACUACGCACAUGGGCAACUACACCUGCCAUGCAGACGGCUACGAGCAGCUUUUCCAAACGCACACCCUGCAGGUUAAUGUGCCUCCUGUUAUCCGGGUGUAUCCAGAGAGUCAGGCUCGCGAGCCGGGGGUCACAGCCAGUCUGCGGUGCUACGCUGAGGGCAUCCCCGACCCACAACUCUCAUGGCUGAAGAACGGCAUGGACAUCACCACAAAACUCUCCAAACAACUCACACUUCAGGCUAACGGGAGCGAGGUGCACAUCAGUAACGUCCAUUUCGAAGACACCGGCGCAUAUACCUGCAUUGCCCGUAACGAGGCGGGAGUCGACGAGGACAUCUCCUCUCUAUUCGUGGAGGACUCUGCUCGGAAAACGUUGGCUAACAUCCUGUGGAGAGAAGAAGGUCUGGGGAUUGGAAACAUGUUCUAUGUAUUUUAUGAGGACGGUAUUAAAGUCAUCCAGCCAGUGGCCUGUGAGAUUCAGAGACACAUCAAACCCAGCGAGAAGCUGCUUGGCCUGCAGGAGGAGGUCUGUCCACAAGUCGAGGGAGAGAAGGAUCAGAAAUGUAUGUGGACAUCAGCCGUCAAUGUGAAAGACAAGUUCAUUUACGCCACACAGCCUUUGCUGAAUAGGUUGCUAAUUGUCGACAUCCAAUCCCAGAAAGCUGUUCAGACUGUGAGCACCGACCGAGUUCCAGUGAAGCUGCACUAUGACAAGUCUCAUGACCAGGUGUGGAUCCUGAGCUGGGGAGAUAUCGAGAAAAACUUUCCAACCCUCCAGGUGAUCAGCCAAGCCAGCGGAAGCACGUCCCACCACACCAUUCACACCCAGCCGGUUGGCCAUCGAUUCGACAGGGUGGAGGAUUUCUUCAUUCCUCCCAUAAGCCUCACUAUCAAUCACAUCAGGUUUGGUAUCAUCCUCCACAAGAAUGAACCAGUUCUUCAUAAGAUCGAUUUGGAAACCACCUCCUAUGUGAAAAACAUUAGUCUGCAACAGUACGAUUGCAUCCCACAAUCCCUCUCCUACACGCACCUGGGCGGAUACUACUUAAUCAACUGUCGUCCGGACUCAACAGGUGCGGUACGGCCACAAUUAAUCAUCGAUAGCGUAACAGACAAUGUCAUCGGUCCAAAUGGGGAUGUGAGUGGCACACCUUAUGUCUCUCCUGAUGGCCACUAUUUAGUGAGCGUGGACGACCGUGACGGGCUCAUGCGCUUGCAGCAUGUGUCCAUGCGGGGCGAGAUCGGCCAACCCUUUGACAUUCACACCAACCUGCACCUGUCCGAUCUGGCCUUCAUGCCCUCGUUCACCGAGGCUAACCAGUAUAACGUGUUCGGCAGCUCGGGCCGCCAGACGGAUGCUCUUUUUGUGGAGCUUAGCACCGGUAACGUCAAAAUGAUCAAGAGCCUGAAGCAGCCCACGCCGGCUGCUCAGUGGCCUUGGAACCGCCAGAACAGGGUCAUGACUGGCAGCGGGCUGUUCGGACAGUAUCUUAUGACCCCGUCUCAAAGCUCCCUGUUUAUACUGGAUGGGCGUCUGGAUAAACUCAACUGUGAAAUCACUGAUGUUCCCUUGGGAAAUACUGUGGUGUGGGUGGGAGAGGCGUAAGCAGUUUUAAAGGGGCUUGAGAGGGAAACAAACAAACAGGUUGCACUGAAUUUGAUCUCUGUUUAAUUUACUGAGAAAAAGUC